AUGCACAAGCGGCCCUCGAAGCUGGACAAUACAGAGCAUCCCAAGCUGGCACAUGCUACUCAGUCUCCUCACUCCUCUGGUCGUAGAGGGUCCACUUCUCCCACAAAUCGAGGCGCACGAUCAUGCUUCUCGGUUAUACACAUCGCUCUCUGGAACACAUACCCCUUCGCCUCAUUCGAAUCAGGGCAGCCGCGCACCAUCAUCUGGCCCAGCUCAUGGCGUUUCAACGUAAAUCCGAAUCCCGAGACGCAAAUAUCAUACAAGUCGUUCUCGUCGGCCUGCGUAACACGGCGUACUUCGCGCGGUAGUGGCAAUUCGAGCCUCAAGCACGUCGGGGAGGGGCACUCGAUGACGAAAGUGACUCCUCCGAUGGGGAUAUCGGAAAGUGAACUGGAAGAUAUUGUUGCUAAUAAGCCCCCGCCUCCUGGAGCAUCGGGACUUUCGCUGAUCCGAAACGUACACGCCUCGCCGUAUUGGUGGUAUCGGUUUGCGGACGAACAUAAUUUGUCAUUGAUGGGCGGUGGAAGUUCUGACGAGCAUCUCAUACCGACACCGAACCGCUACACAACUCACCCACCUGACUUGGAACCUUCACCCGAGACGGAUUCGGACACUAAUACCGGACCCAAUUCGACUCUCGCGACCUGGAAGCCGGACACAAUCCCGCUACCGCGCACAGACUCCAAGAGCAGCGUCGGAACCGCAAAACCUUCCUCUCUGCACCCGGGGAAUGCAUCUCCUCACUCGGUAGACACGGCAAGGAAAGGAGCGGAGACAGCAUCAACGCUCACCGGAAUUCACCGGUUGCGUCGCGAUCCCAUAGUUUGA